AUGGCUGCUUCUUGCUGGAUUUUUUCUAGUUUUGAUAGGUCUACACUUUGUUUGCAGGCUGCUGUAUUCUCGGAAGAUUUCUCUAGAUUUGUACUUUAUUUGAACGAGACCAUAAAUUGCCAACACAAAAAUGAAUAUGAAGAUCUGCUCAAGGAAAUCAACGAAGUGCUAAACGAAAUUCAUGGAAAAGUGCAGGAAAUUAAACGUAUGAUGAAAGUUGUUGAAUUGCGAAAGAUUUUUGAUGAAUUCGUGCCAUUGCUAAACCGAACAUUAGAUGCCAAAGGUCAUGCGAAAGCGUACUCUGAGGAAGAUAUCAGAGAAUUUUUUGGACCUCUCAUUGUGAGAUUGAAUUUCCUUGAAAGCAACCUCUCUCAUUGUGAGAUUGAUUCUCCUUUCAUUGAAAGGUUGACGAUAAUUUUGGUAUACCCUUUAUGA